UGCUUGGCUCUUUUGACUCUGAAAGGGCACGUGUUGCUGCCAUGUCAGAUCUGCGUCAUAGGAUUCUUCCUUCGAACUUUCUGUCACAGAAUUCCAAGGAAGCUGGAUUCUGUCUUUGGCUUCUUCAUCCUGAACCUUCAUUACGGCCAACAGCAAGGGAAGUCCUGCAGUCUGAAUUUGUAAGUGGAAUUCAAGAAUCAUUUGGAGAUGAUUUGUCAUCAUCUAUAAACCAAGAUGAUACUGAAUCAGAACUAUUAUUACAUUUCCUUUCCACUCUGAAAGAGAAAAAGCAGACGGAUACCUUGAAGCUAGUAGAAGAAAUCAAGUGCCUUGAAUCAGAUAUUGAAGAGAUAGAAAGACGGCACACCAAAAAAUCGUCAUUUCUUCCUUGUUUAUCUGAGGCAGCCCUUCAUUCAAGGGGAAGCAAAUUUCUUUACAGCAAAGAUUCAAUUUUUGAGGUGCAUUCUAAUUUGACCCCUGGAAUUAAUAAUGAAUUGAGCUUGAUGAAGAAUAUCGAUCAGCUGGAAAGUGCUUACUUCUCCAUGAGAUCCAACAUUCAGCUUUCUGACAAUGAUGCAGUCACACGGGAAAAUAUGGAAUUACUGAAAGAAAGAGAUAACGGGUGUCAGGCACAGAAGGACAAGGAGAAAAACAAACCCAUCGAUCGUAUAGGGGCCUUCUUUAGUGGUUUGUGCAAGUAUGCUCGAUAUAGUAAGUUUGAAGUGCGUGGGAUAUUAAGGAACGGAGAUUUUCAUAAUUCUGCAAAUGUAAUCUGCUCUUUGAGUUUUGAUCGAGAUCAGGAGUAUUUUGCUGCUGCUGGAGUAUCGAAGAAAAUAAAGAUAUAUGAGUUUCAGGAACUCUUUAAUGAAGCUGUUGAUAUCCAUUAUCCAGUAAUUGAGAUGUUGAACAAAUCAAAGCUCAGCUGCAUUUGCUGGAAUAGCUAUAUCAAGAACUAUUUGGCUUCAACUGAUUAUGAUGGCAUAGUUAAGCUAUGGGAUGUGGGAACUGGUCAAGCAUUUUCCCAAUAUGCUGAGCACAAUAAAAGAGCUUGGUCUGUGGACUUCUCUCAAGUGGAUCCCACCAAAUUAGCCAGUGGAAGUGAUGAUUGUUCCGUGAAGCUCUGGAACAUUAAUGAGAGGAACAGUUUAUGCACAAUCAGGAACAUCGCAAAUGUUUGCUGUGUUCAGUUCUCUGCUCGUUCCACUCAUUUACUAGCCUUUGGCUCUGCUGAUUACAAAACCUACUGCUAUGAUCUUCGGAAUGUUUCAAGCCCCUGGUGUAUAUUGGCUAGCCAUGAAAAAGCUGUUAGCAAUGUGAAAUUCUUGGACUUUGAAACUCUUGUUUCUGCAUCCACUGACAACACGCUAAAGCUUUGGGAUCUCAAUAAAACCAAUUCCACGGGUUUAUCAACGAACGCUUGCAUCUUAACCCUUAAAGGGCACACUAACGAGAAGAACUUUGUGGGUUUAUCUGUUGCUGAUGGAUACAUAGCGUGUGGUUCAGAGACAAAUGAGGUGUAUGCUUAUUAUAAAUCUCUGGAUAUGCCAAUCACUUCUCACAAGUUUGGCUCCAUUGAUCCUAUUUCUGGCAAAGAAACUGAUGAUGACAAUGGACAGUUUGUUUCGAGUGUGUGCUGGAAGCAGAACUCAGACAUGCUUGUUGCUGCCAAUUCCAGUGGAUGUAUAAAAGUGCUGCAGAUGGUGUGAACUAAAAAAUAUAAAUAAAAAUUCUCAUCCGACUGAAGAAAUGCAGUCCUCCUUGAUGGCUUCUUCGCAGCUUUGAGAACCCAAAAAGGUUCAUUUGAUGGCUUUUUUUUACAGACGCCGCAAAGUCUGCACGAAGAAGAUGCUCUAAAAAUGUAAAUGAUCUCAGGUACUAAACUAACCCCCUCAUGGAGAUGUUGAUGCAUCAAGUUCAGUAUUAAUAUCCAAACAUUUGGAUUUCUUAUAGGAAUUGAAUUUGCAGAGGCACAAACUGCAGAUCAAUUAGCUCGCUAAAACUCAAGAUUGUGGCAUUGACAGUUUUGUAGCGGCUCGUCAAAAGUGACGAGAUGACUGAUGCCACUGCAAAUUCCUACAUAGCCUUAAAUUCUAGUUGUAUGUAAACACACAAUGAAGUAUAAAAGGGUAGCUUGUAUAGUUAGUUCACUGUAAAGUCUGAGCAUACAUUGUUAUUUUUUGCUCUUUUAAGAUACUUGAUGAUGGUUUUACUUUGGAAGGAAUGGAAGCUUAAACACAUCCUAAUCCAAUCCACUCAUUGUUGAUUGAAAUUAAAAUUAAUUGAUAAUAAUUUAUUACUCGUCAA